CGCGCACUGGCUGUGACGUCAUUGAGCAGGAUGGCUAGCGCGAGACUGCUGUUGGUGCGCGACUGCUGCAGAAUUGCGAAGAAAACCACAGGUCAUGGACAAAGAAGUCUCUCCAUAUCAUCAGCUGUGCUGGCGCACACUCAUGUCAGUUAUGAGGUCAAGGACAGUGUUGCUGUGGUGCGAAUCAAUGAUCCAAACUCAAAGGUGAAUACUUUGUCCAGGCAGAUGCAGGCUGAAAUGACGGAGGUAAUAAGAGAGAUCUGGGGGAAUUCAGCAGUGAAGAGUGCCGUUCUUAUCUCCAGAAAACCAGGAUGCUUCAUUGCAGGAGCUGACAUCAACAUGAUUCAGGCCUGCAAGACAGCAGAGGAAGUGACAUGUCUGUCACAGGAAGGACAGAAGAUGUUUGAACAGAUUGAGAAAUCUCCCAUCCCCAUUGUAGCUGCUAUUAACGGCUCCUGUCUUGGGGGCGGUCUGGAGUUUGCUAUUGCGUGUCAGUACCGUGUGGCCACUAAGAGUAAGAAGACGAUUCUGGGCACCCCAGAGGUGAUGCUGGGACUGCUCCCUGGUGCCGGUGGGACUCAGAGGCUGCCCAAACUGGUGGGCCUCCCUACUGCGUUUGAUAUGAUGUUGACUGGCAGGAACAUUCGUGCAGAUAAAGCCAAAAAAAUGGGUCUUGUGCAUCAACUGGUGGAUCCACUGGGUCCAGGACUAAAGAGUCCAGAGGAGAGAACCAUCGAGUAUCUGGAGGAAGUGGCUGUCGAUUUAGCUAAAGGUCUUGCUGGUAAAAAAGUCACUGUGGAAAAGAAGAAAGGACUCAUGCUGAAGAUGCAGGAUUUUGUGAUGGGUCUGCCACCAGUGAGGAAACAGAUCUACAAAACUGUCCAUAACAAAGUGAUGAAACAAAGUAAAGGCCUUUACCCCGCUCCACUCAAGAUUAUAGAGUGUGUACAGACAGGUGUUGAAAACGGUAGUGCUGCUGGAUAUCAAACUGAAUCUCAGAACUUUGGUGAACUGGCGAUGUCGUCAGAGUCCAGAGCUCUGAUUGGUCUGUAUCAUGGUCAGGUGGCCUGCAAAAAGAACCACUUUGGGCAACCGAAGAGAGAUGUGAAGAAGCUGGCUGUCCUGGGGGCCGGGCUUAUGGGAGCAGGUAUCGUUCAGGUGACGAUAGACAAGGGUGCAGCCACCAUCCUGAAGGACACAACACAGGAAGGACUUGCCAGAGGACAACAACAGGUGUACAAAGGGUUCAAUGACAAAACCAAAAAGAAGAGUCUUACGACGUUUGAGAGAGAUACAAUUCUGUCCUCUUUGUCAGGACAACUGGACUAUCGUGGCUUUGAGACUGUGGACAUGGUCAUUGAAGCUGUGUUUGAAGACCUGUCAAUCAAACAUAAAGUGGUGAAGGAGGUGGAAGCCGUAAUUUCUCCUCACUGCAUCUUUGCCACCAACACAUCCGCACUGCCAAUCAAAGACAUCGCAGCAGCCAGCAAGAGACCUGAGAAGGUGAUUGGGAUGCAUUAUUUCUCUCCGGUGGAUAAAAUGCAGCUGCUUGAAAUCAUCACUACAGAUAAAACCUCUAAAGACACAACAGCGUCUGCUGUAGCUUUGGGACUCAAACAGGGCAAGGUCAUCAUAGUGGUUAGGGACGGUCCUGGAUUUUACACAACACGCUGUCUGGCGCCCAUGUUUGCAGAGGUCAUCAGAGUGCUGCAGGAAGGAGUUGGGCCCAAGAAACUGGACGCCCUGACAACAGGGUUUGGGUUUCCUGUCGGUGCGGCAACUCUUGCUGACGAGGUCGGUCUUGAUGUGGGGGCUCAUGUUGCAGAGGAUCUUGGGAAGAAGUUCGGAACACGAUUCGGAGGAGGAAAUGUUGAGGUUUUGAAGACAAUGGUCCAGAAGGGGUUCAAAGGUCGAAAGUCAGGAAAGGGUUGUUAUGUGUACGGAGCCAAAUCGAAAGAAAAGAAGGUGAAUUUUGAAGCGGAAGAAAUUCUCAAGGGUUUCAAACUGACAGCGCCCCCUGCUGUCUCUGGUGAUGAGGACAUUCAGUACCGACUCGUGUCUCGAUUCAUUAACGAGGCCAUAAUGUGUCUACAGGACGGCAUUCUGCCCGACCCCGUGCAGGGAGAUAUUGGAGCAGUGUUCGGACUGGGCUUCCCACCUUGUUUGGGAGGCCCGUUCCGGUUUGUGGAUUCGUUUGGAGCUGACAAAAUUGUUCAGAAAAUGAAACGUUUUGAGGAGGUUUAUGGUAACCAGUUCACCCCCUGCCAGCUGCUCCUCGACCAUGCCAAGGAUUCCAGCAAGAGGUUUCACAAGUGAGAAUUCAUGAUCAUAAGCUUUGGUGUCAACCUUAAACCGCCUGACAGCUACUUAUCACAAAUACACAUCUUGAAAACAAAUGUUCAGCCUACCGUAAUCACAUAAAGUAGUGCACUACACUUAGUUUUAUCAUGUGUGGGAUAAAAAGCAGAAUUUUCAUAACUUUGUGUUCCCUCCACAUGACCUGUACAUAAUUUACGUGAGCUAAGAAAAAAUAUAUUUAAAUUCUAUGUUAGUUUCUCCAGCACAACAGACUAUUUCAAUUCAUUUCAAAAUGUUUGACAGCAGUAUGUUUAUUGACACUAUUACUAAAAACACAUGCAGGUGCUAAAAAUCAUACUUCUGAAUGUUGUAGCUAUGUUCAUUUCACAUAUUAACCAACGUGCCUCAGAUUAUCUACAGGUUAAGAUGUAGUUCAUUUUGUUAGUUUUGUAUAAUACAGUAGUUUGUAUGUUUGUUUAUGAUUCUGACAAUAAAUUUUACAACCCGAGUGUUGUAAAAAAUACC